CAGUGAUUUUAUUCCAGCCUCAUGUUACAGCUCCGUAACAGCUGGAGCUUCCCACUCGUGCUUGUCUCCACACAUGGAUCAGCCAGUGUGAAGUAAGACAAGAGUUUGGAGACUAGAGUUUGAAGACUGAGGCACAGAUAGUGGAACAGAUCAGUUACUGACUGGAUGUUGUGGUUUUGCAGUCUGGACAUUCAUUACCUGUUUGGAUUCUACAGUUUGGACGUUGCAUUGUGGGUGAAAAAUCUGCUUGGAUAUUAAAUUUUGGUAAUAAUAUUGUGGAUUGGGGAAGCAAUAGUCAGUGGAUUCUGGGGUUUGGACGUUGUGGCAUGGAUAGCCUUUUUUUGGACAAUAGAGUUUGGAUACUGAAGUAUGGAUAAGUCGAAUGGUACCAUGGAUGAUAUGUGAUCGAAGACACACAAGCCAAAUGUAUUCUAAAGCGGACACAUUGAGGAGCUUUGGCGUGCUUUUGGAGAGGGUGUGCUGUAGCAUGCUCAAUGUGAUUUUGGAAGUAAUGCUGUAAACUGCAGUGCGGGUUAGCAAAAGUGUAUGCAGACCAUAUAGACGUGUCUAAUACUCCGGUGUGGAAUAGCAUGGAGACGUGACACCGCAGCCAUGCUGUGUGGUUUACGGAGAGAAGGCCGCAGUGAUGACGGCCCUUAUUCAAAAGGGAAUAAAGACUGCUCAGCCAACGACAACAGCGUGGUCUCAAAGAGGCGUAGCAUUCCAGAUGAGAUUCGAGGGCUAACCACCGUGGAGCUGAUAAAGAGAGAAGGAUCCAGUCUCGGCCUUACCAUCUCUGGAGGUUCGGACAAAGAUGGCAAGCCUCGAGUAUCAAACCUUAGGUCAGGAGGUCUGGCAGCCAGUCUGUGUGUUCAUCUCAGGAGUGACCAGCUGAACAUGGGCGACUACAUAAAGUCAGUGAACGGCAUCAACCUGUCCAAACUGCGGCACGACGAGAUCAUCAGCAUGCUGAAGAACAUCGGAGAGAGGGUGGUGCUGGAAGUCGAGUAUGAGCUGCCUCCUCUCGCUCCCAGCAGUCCGAGCAGCGUCAUCUCCAAAACCAUCGAGGUGUGCUUGGAAAAAGAAGGCAACAGUUUUGGCUUCGUUCUCCGAGGUGGGUUUCACGAGGACUGGCAUAAGGCUCGUCCUCUAGUUGUGACCUACGUCAGACCUGGGGGCCCUGCGGACAGGGAGGGGACUCUGCGUGUAGGGGAUCGGGUGUUGAGUGUAAACGGCGUGGCUCUAAACCGACGGAAACAUGCCGACUCUCUGACUCUGCUCAUGCAGAGCAGCCAGGAAGCUUAUUUCCUCAUCGAGUACGACAUCACGGUCAUGGAGUCAGUGCAACAGUCUUCAGGUCCUCUGCAGGUGGAGAUCAUGAAGAGCACCGGCUCUGUGCUUGGAUUGAGCCUCACCACUGCCAUCUACAGGAAUAAACAUGUCAUUACAAUCCAGAAAAUCAAACCUGCCAGCGUAGCCGAGAGGUGUGGUGCUCUACAUGUAGGUGAUAUUCUCUUGGCUAUAGAUGGCAUGAGCACUGAGCACUGUUCUUUAAUGGAAGCUCAGCAGCUGCUGGCCAACUCUUCAGAGGUCACCAAACUCGAGAUCCUGCCUUCUCCACACAGCCUACAUGACACGGUGCGUGUCCAGAGGAGCAGCCAGCGUCAGUUCGAGUCUGGUGUGAACUACCUCAAUGUCCCUGCACCCACCCACAGCAAAGCCCCAUCAACCUUGAGCAACACCACCCCUACACACUCCCACUGCACAUCUGUGGCAUCAGGCAGCUCGUCUCAGACCUCAGGCUUUCACAGCGCUAAGGGCGGUUCUGGGUAUCCAAGCCCAUACCCCUGCAGCACUCUGCCCUCGUACCCCUCGAGCCCACGCAGCACCACCUCCAGGAGGAAACCCAGGAGACCUGAGCACAAGAGCUCAUUGUCUCUCUCCAGUACGGUGGGUGUUGGUGGUCAGGUGGUGCACAUUGAGAAUAAUGAGGUGGUGCUGAGAGGAGACCCACUCACGGGCUUCGGCCUGCAGCUCCAGGGAGGAGUGUUUGCCACGGAGCCACUGUCUGCACCUGCCUGCAUCCGAUUCAUAGAGCCCGACUCACCUGCUGAAAGGUGUGGAGUGCUGCAGGUUGGAGACAGAAUCCUCUCUAUAAAUGGAGUCCCUACUGAUGACGGAACGCUGGAGGAAGCCAAUCAGCUUCUUCGAGACGCAGCUCUGUCCAAUCAGGUCACGCUAGAAGUCGAGUUUGACGUUGCAGAAUCUGUAAUCCCGAGCAGUGGUACGUUUCACGUGAAGCUGCCAAAGAGGCGUGGGGUAGAGGUGGGCAUUACUAUCAGUGCCAGCAAGAAGCCAGGCCGGCCUCUGAUCAUCUCUGAGAUAAAGAGAGGAAGCAUCGCUCACAGAACAGGUACACUGGAGCCUGGUGAUCGAUUGCUUGGCAUAGACAACGUAAAACUCGAGCACUGCGGAAUUGACGAAGCGAUGGCGGUCCUCCAGCAGGCUGAGGACAUGGUCCGACUGCGCAUUCAGAAAGACGAGGACAACUUAGAUGAGCUGGAGUCGUCAGGCUCUGUGAUUUUCACUGUGGAGCUGAAGAGACACGGAGGUCCUCUGGGAAUCACCAUUUCUGGCACUGAGGAGCCCUUUAACCCGAUCCUCAUCUCCAGCCUGACCCGUAACGGUCUCGCACACAGGACUGGGGCUCUUCACAUUGGUGACCGUGUGUUGGCCAUUAAUCAUGUGAGUCUAAAGGGGAAGCCGCUGAGCGAAGCCAUCCAUCUGCUGCAGACUGCUGGAGACGCCGUGACACUAAAGAUUAAAAAACGAACCGAACCUGUGUUUGGGUCAGACUCUGGAAGUCCUCUGAGGGCGGGAUCUUGUCUGAGUGACACUGAAGACGACCGCUCUGAUUCGCUCAGGCGCUGUAAACAUUCUGGUCUUCGUCAUCCAGCUACACCUCCCAGCCUGGACUCGGCUAUGGACUCUUGGGACGGCUCCGCCCUCGACGGUGGCUAUGGGAGUCAAGGUGAGGGAGGAGCGUUAAUGGAAAGGAUGGUUUUAAGCGGACUUUGGGGGGCCUACAUCCAUCGGACAUCCGACCUGACAAUCCACCCUAAUGAGUGGAAGCGAACCAAUCAAAGGAGCCCACUGGCCUCCAGAAGACUCACCCACCGUGCUGCAGUGCAUGAUGGGAAAUCAGGAGAAGAAGACUGGAAAUACCAUGGAUCCGUUAGCCCCGUGCGUUGCCGUGGCAACACCGACACUCAGGAGACCUAUUGGUCGCAAGCCCUGCAGGACCUGGAGACGUGUGGCCAAUCGGAGAUUCUCAGAGAGCUGGAGGCCACCAUGAUGUCGGGCAGCACCCUGAGUUUGGGGGACGAAAGCGAGGUCUGUAACGACGGUGAAACCCCAUUUCCAGCAGCGGCACUGAAGCAGUGCUGGGAUUGCAGCACUAAAGCAGAGCUAAACGACUCGAACACCGCUGUGCCGCUAGAGCUGCACAAGAUCUGUGUGUUGAAGGAUGAAGACAGCAGGGAUUUUGGCUUCAGUGUCUCUGAUGGCUUGUUGGAGAAGGGUGUGUAUGUGAACAUGAUCCGUCCGGAUGGUCCUGCAGAUCAGGCAGGUUUACAGCCGUACGACCGCGUCCUUCAGGUGAAUCACGUGCGCACGCGGGACUUUGACUGCUGCUUAGCCGUGCCUCUGAUUGCCGAGGCGGGAGAUCAGCUCCAGCUUGUAAUCAGCAGGAACCCCCUCACACAGGCAUCUCAGUGGUCGCUCGAAGACAGUCAGGAUGUCUCGGACACACUCCCUACCGUCCCUGUCCACGGCUCGAGCGAGACAGAACUCGGACCUGAGAUGGUUCCACUGAGCGGCGGUUUACUGUAGAAGAAAGGAGUCAGUCUAUUUCUGUCUCUCUCGCGCACACACACACACACACACCCGCACACACCCCUUACACAAUUUAAACCACUUUCACACAUCGUUAACAAUUUUCACUAAGUUUUGGUUUCGACUGUUUAACGGCCACCACUUUAAAAAAAAAAAAAAAAAAAUUUAAGUUAAUCACCAAAUUCACUCGUACACUAUAUCAUUUGUGUUACAACUCAACACUUUACGUGCUUUGGUCAUGGGUCCGUUUUAAUUUUAGAUUAUAUUAUAUUCAGUUCCCUCACUGGUUUAGGUUCUCUCACACACACACACACACACACACACACGCACACACCUGCACACGUACACUCUCACAAACAUUAGUUUAUUGUGUCUUGGAGCAUUUUAUAUGGUUAUAAAGAAUAUACCGUACAAACAGAGAGAGAGAGAGAGGACACACUCGCCUUGAAAGUUUACGAAGACCAAUUCUUUAUUAGCGGAUCAUGUUUUUUUUUUUGUUUUGUUUUUUUAAAAAGACAGAUUUUCCUCUCUGAAUAAUUUUUUUUCAUGUGCAAAUGAUUUUAAUGUGUGUGAAACAAGUUUCCGUAUGUAAACUUGGCUUGACCUAAGAUAAAACCAGAAACUAGACUGAGACUAAAAUUAUUUUAAAAUUAGCCGUAAUACGUAUAUGGAGAACUGUGUGUGUGUGUGUGUACUGUAAAGAACGCUGUCCAGAGUGACACCGCUGUGCGUUUUUCUCAUGAGAAACCAAGGCGUUAAUCACAUCCGAUCAUUUUUAUACCUGACUAACUUGUGUGAUAAGUCUGUUAACGUGUGAGAUUAGUUUUAACUUGUACCUCCUUUUAAAAGUUGGGACAAAUUUACCCCAAUCAGUGUUUUUACCCACAUUCCUUUUACAGUCCCGUGCACCAUAUCACAAGUGUCUGAGUAAAUGUAAAAUGAAUGUUUUUAUUAUAGGAUGCAAAAAGUUUCCCUUAUUUUUUUUUUUUUUUUUUUUU